AUGAUGGGAGAAAAAAAAAAAAAAAACAGAAGCAUCCCCCAUGUGGAAGUGGCUGCCGUCUCUGGCGCUGCUCGCUGGCGGCAACAGUGGCGCUUGCUUGACUCCAACCUUCAACAGCAGCCCGGGUGCUCUUCCGAUGGCCGCCGCCGGCAUGGAUGUGCCCUGUUGCCAGCAAGGGCGUUGGCUGUGGCGUUGGUUGCCGUAGAUGAGGUACAACGCAACGACUUGUCGCAGCAGGACCUCCUGGAGGAGGAUCCGGCUAGCGACCUUCCCUUCGAGAGACUUGCGCGGUCGCAAAGACAGAGGAAAGACGUGGAGACAUGCGCGUGGGCACAGCUGUUGGAGGAUAAAGACCUCGAGGACAGCACGAGCAUCACCGCAAAGCAGUUUCGAGUGGACUUCCGCGUACCCUACACCUUCUUCCUUCGGCUUGUUGCCUUGGUCAAGAGCAAGAACUGGUUCUUGGCUGCUGCGACGGACGCCGUAGGUCGGGCAAGUCACCCAGUGGAGCACAAGGUGCUGGCCUGGCUGACCAUACUGGGGAGGAACAACUGCUUUGCAAGCAUAUUCCAGGUGUCGUGGAUGAGCGCGAAGACCGUGCAGGGGAUGUUCCACAAGUUCUGCAGGCACUUCGCACGGGACAUGUACGAUGAACACAUUCACCUACUUGCGGAAGAGAGCGGCAAGCUGGACCACGUAGUACGAUCGGGUUGGGUUUACGGGUGCCCCUACAAUCAAGCCCGUUCGUACACAGGCAAGGAGGGGUUUCCCACGAUCGCGUACCAGGUCGUGACCAUCGUCUGCUGGGAUGCCGCGGUGGAGAAGAUUCGGACGGACAAGCAGUACACAGAGAAGACGUUCGACGUGUACAAUGAGGACGGCACGACGACGACGCUCAAGGGGUGGUACUUGCUCGUCGACAACGGGUACCACAAGUGGCAAAUCCUGAUCGAGCCCUCCAAGUACCCGCUGAGCGAGAACGAUCUGCUCUUUUCGAAGAGGCUGGACAGCGUACGCAGGGACGGGAGUGCUUCCGACGGCAUCCUGAAGGGUCGCUUUAGGAUCCUCAAGCUCGCCAUGGCGUACCAGAGCCAGGAGCGCAUCGACGACGUGUUUUUCACGUGCUGCAUCAUGCACAACAUGCUGCACACCUUCGACGGCAUGGACCAGCUGGUGGAGAACACGAUUCGAGUUAGCAGUGCUGGGGUGGGGGCCACGUUGGCGACGGAGCUGGAGGCGGACUGUGGAUCUGUUGGGAGGAGGGACGUCAACGACCAGCCUCAAUUGGAGAUCGGGCGCACGGUGCGCAAGCGACAGCUCACGACGAGCUUCGCGUACCGCAAGAAGCACAAGAAGGACAUUGUUUGGCUUUCUAGGUAG